GCCCCCGCUGGCGGUGUAGCGGUGGCGUACUGAGCGGCUCUGGCCCGGCAGGUAGGUUCGGUGUGCGGGCAGCUGGAUACCCACGAGAGGAAGGACCUGCGAACGAUCGCAAGGGAUCCCCAGUUACCGGAUGCUGGGACAGCAUCCUCCGCACAGGUUCAGCGUUCGGACUCAUCUGAUGACAGGUCCUGACUCCAAGUGACUGACGUGCACCUCUUGUUUCGUGGGCAGCAUUCCAGGGGCUGCCAUGGACCUGGUUCUCAGCGUUGCCGAUCACUACUUCUUUACCCCAUACGUGUAUCCAGCCUCGUGGCCCGAGGACAACAUCAUCCGGCAAACCAUUAGUCUCCUGAUUGUCACAAACCUGGGUGCUUAUAUCCUCUACUUCUUCUGUGCAACCCUGAGCUAUUAUUUUGUCUAUGAUCAUUCAUUAAUGAAACAUCCACAGUUUUUAAAGAAUCAAGUCUAUCGAGAGAUCAUGUUCACGGUCAAGUCUUUGCCCUGGAUUAGUAUCCCCACCAUUUCACUGUUCCUCCUGGAGCUGAGAGGUUACAGCAAGCUCUAUGAUGACGUAGGAGACUUCCCAAGUGGCUGGAUUCAUCUCAUUGCUAGUGUGGUGUCGUUCCUGUUUUUCACAGACAUGCUGAUCUACUGGAUUCACAGGGGCCUGCACCAUAGACUGGUCUACAAGCACAUACAUAAACCUCAUCAUAUUUGGAAGAUCCCCACUCCAUUUGCAAGUCAUGCUUUUCACCCUGUGGAUGGCUUCCUCCAGAGUCUGCCUUACCAUAUAUACCCCUUUGUCUUCCCACUGCACAAGGUGGUCUACUUGGGGUUAUAUGUCUUGGUUAAUGUCUGGACAAUUUCUAUUCACGACGGUGAUUUUCGCGUCCCCCAGGUCUUCAGGCCGUUUAUUAACGGGUCGGCUCAUCACACAGACCACCACAUGUAUUUUGACUAUAACUACGGACAGUAUUUCACACUGUGGGAUAGAAUUGGGGGCUCUUUUAAGCAUCCUUCUUCCUUUGAAGGGAAAGGACCACAUAGUUAUGUGAGGAAGAUGGCAGAAGGAGAAUUCAACAGCCUUGCAGAAAAUGGCUGUAAAAGCGAAAAACUGUGCAAUGCAGAAUUUGCAAAGACUAAGUAGAUUAUUGCCCAGUUAUUAAGUAUUUUAAAUAAGGAAAUAAUCUACACACAGCCAAGAUACAUAGCAAAUAAGUGGUGUUAUUUGACCCUCAGCAUUGCGUGUCGUGCUGAGGAGCAGUCCUGACAAUAAACUGAGGGAAGAUGCUGGGAGCACCAAGAUUGUAAUCUCGUGGCUAAUGUGUCAGGCAUUGGCCCAGGGACAGUUUGUGUCUUUGCAGGCCAGCAGAUCCACAGCCUGUGCAGCCCCAACAGCAACUUUAAAUAAGGUAGAAAAUAAUCUAUGGAAGAAGCUAGUCUGUGUCCUUUGCCUUAAUCCACUCAUAUUCAUUAAGGGAAAAAUCCGCUGUGCUUAACAAUACUGAGACUAGCCAAGAAAUACUAACAUGAAGAUGGCUCCUGUCCCAGGAGCGGCUGCCUCUGCAGUGGAGGUGGAGGACUUGCAGGACGUUGUUCACAUAGGAACAUCAGCCCGAACUGUCUGAUUCACGAGUGGCUAUGCAUAUGACUGACUUAAUGGCUGGUUAGUAAGAUUAUAUUAUCUUCUUAUACAUUGGCGCCUUACUCCCUGGGGCAUUAUCAGAUUUGAAUAAUGAAUAAAUAAUGGUAAUUGUUUAAAUGUCAGCUCUUCCAUGAUUCAAUCCAGAUACGAGAUUACUUAACUGAAGAUCUUGAUGCGUGUCAUUUAAAACUACUGUUUACUAAGCCCACAGACACGAAUCCAGAUAAUGCUCGGUAUGAACUUGGGGCACCCAGGUGGCACAUGUCUUUUUAAUAAAGUGGAUGCACUGUGCUUUUAUGUAUUUCCAAGUUACGAAGCUGACUUUUGAAAUGAAGGGAUUAAUUGCCAAAUACUUAAGUCUACCUAAGAUACACUCUGAAACCUCAUCCUCCAUUUCUUCCCCCUCUUCCUACUGCCUCUGCAAAAAAAAAAAAAUCCUUAGCCAGCCCCAUGAAAGGUGGGUGCUGGAUGCUAAGUAUAUUGGUGUAAACCUAUUCUAUUGGCUGUUUAUGCAAAACCAAUAAAACUUGAUCAUGACUGCUAUUAACCACUUAAAUGUUAUAGCACAAAACAUCCUUUGUUUGAAUUAGUGUCACUCUGAAGACAGAGGUGACGUGGGUUGUAAAAGCUGAGAGCUCUCCAGAUACCCAGGCUCAGACUGCUGGACAUGAGAGUUACUACAGAGAUCUCUCACUCAGCAAACCCUUUCUCACUCAGCUCUUUGACAUUAUCAUGUGCUCUGAGGGAGUAGAAAUGGAAAUAAAGAGUCUCUGGGUAAGGAUCUAGACUUCCUUUUCCUGGAGAUAGAACCAGGACCCCUGCUUCCGAAUACAUAAGCAUCAGUAAGAUAAGAAAUGAUUGGGAUGUUGGAUGAAUCCCACGCCCAACUCUUAGCGAAGGGAUCCUCAAGAUAUACUGUUUGAUACUACAUCAAGAAAGGGCAAACCCCCUCCCCAGAAUGGAACAUCUCCAUCACCCCUUCUCCCCAAGGCUCAGGAAACAUCAAGGAGGAAUCCGAGUCCAGGGGAGAAUGCUGUGAGACUCUGGACAUGCGAGACCAUUGUAUUUAUGAUCUCACUGUAACUGUCUGCACACCAUCCAGCAGUGAACAUCGCAGCGUGGGUGGAGUAGAGGGGCUCCCAAGGUCCCUACUCUAGCUGGGGAGCUGUUGACAGUGAUGGCUGCUAGGGAAGGGAGAGUCUGUUUGCAGUGGUACACUCUCUAAGUUGCUUUUGUGCCAGUGGGUGGCCCUGUACCUCUGAGGCUAGGGGCAGCUCUAAUUGGACUCUGGCUUAUAAAGAAGAAGAAAAAGCAAAUAUGAAAUUGGGAGAGAGAUUGGGAGAAGUUGGGGUAGGAAGAGUGGCGUGGAUACGGUCAAACUGCAUUGUGGAUAUGCACGAAGUGAAGAUCAGCUAAGUACAAUUGCAGAGGCAGACCUGGGAAGUCAUCUUCAGCUUCACCUCAGCAGUUGCCGCUAGGAGCCUUGGAGUGAGCACGAGUGGGUCACAGAGGGUGCCCUGUACAACCUUGCCCCUCAUAAAAGAUGAGCCACUGCCCCCCAGUAGGGUCAAGCACAGAGAACGUUGUCUUUUGCUGGGUCUUCAUUGGGAGUAUGGUAGAGGAGGCUACCUUCCCCUUCCCACUGGAGUGUGAAGAACAUGGAGCUGAGUUACAGGAAUAUAGAAGUAAAAUUGAAAACCAGAUGUUGCUCACUGUGAAUUAUCUUUAAUGAGGUAAAAUAGCUAGUAUUUUUGUUGUUACAGCAUCCUUUUUCAAAGCAUGUUACAAGCCAGUCUACAGUAAAAUUUAGAAACAAAAUAGAAGCCAGUCCCCACUCCCCUCCCUCCCCAAACAGAAUAUACUUCUCAAGGACAAGAAGUGUAUGAUUCAGGGUUAGUGGGCUUGAACACCAGGGCAGGGUUUUGUAUCAGAACAAAAAUUUUAAUAGAUAAUUUGCUUUGUGAAGAUAAUUGUUCAGGGGACAGGAUGUAGCCUAAUGGUAGAGUGUGUGCUUAGCUUGUAUGAAGCUCUCAGCUUCAUUCCCAGCCUGGCAAAAAUAUUUUCUUCCUAAAUAUCUAAAGUUAAAGAUUUUUAUUAAUUCUAAGUGCAAUAGACUUUUAAAAAAAGUUAUAUUCUGGUUUCUUUAACUCCUAAGUUGAGCCUGUCAAAUUCUUCUGAACAUGCAACCAUUUGUAUUUUUUAUAAUGAGAUUUUUUUUUUAAGCUUGGUAAGAGUCUUAACAUUUUGAUUCAAUCCCCUGGUCAGACUUGGGUUUGGGUACCCAUCCCUCAGACAUCACCACUGAACAGUGGGAGGUAUCAGAAGUUUGUCUUUUGACUUGGAGCCCUCUGUGCCCGGAGCCAGCUUAUCUCAUAAGCUUUUGUUAAUCUCCAUUACUUAUGUCUAUUUCUUUUGAUAUUGUAAUUGACUCAGCCAUUCAUUUGAGUUGACCCCCUAACACGCUGCUAAAGAAACUAAUGGAAAUUUAGCACACAUCCAGCCCUGAAGGGGGCACUGUGCCGGUGGUUCUUGUCUGUAUGCUGCUUGCUUUCCUAAAGUUACAUGCGCCUGUCCUAAUUGUACAGUUCAGCCUUAACAUUUAAAUACCAAUGUCACCCUCCCCUGCCCCUCAUCAAGCAGAACAUGUCCUUCACCAGGACAUGCGUUGUCUCUCUCUGCAGUUCCCCCCAACCUCGGGUAACCACUGAUCUACUCUGUCCCUGGGGAUUAAUUUUGCCCGUUCUAGAAUUUCAUUUAAAUUCAAUCAGAUGAGACAUACUUAUUGUGUUGAGCUUUUUUUUUUUUUUAGCUUAACAUGUUUUGACAUGUGUGCUGUUGUAUUUAUCAAUACUUCAUUCCUUUUAAUUGAUGAGUAGUGUUCCUAUUACAGCAUUAUACUGAAUACUGUACUACUGUUGGCUGAUCUGUUUAUUUGUUGAUGGAUAUUUGGGUUAUUUUCAGUGUGGAGAUACUUUGAAUAAAGCUACCCUGGACAUUUGUGAACAGA